AUGGAUGAAAGUUCUCAUGUUUUUUUAAUCAAAGAUAAAAUUCGUUGUAUUCAAAAAAAAAUCAUGGAUCAAUUAGCUGCUGAUCUUAAUAGUGCAUUAAAUGAUGCUAAUAUUUCAACAUCACAAUUAUCAAAUAUUCCUAUGACAUCUUCAUCAUCAUUUGCUACAACAUUAAAAAUAAAACGACGACGAAAACGUCCUACAAAUAAUGAUAUACAACAACAAAUAGCUGAAGCAUCAGAUAGUACAACACCAGAAAAUACACGAAAUCGAAAUACAAAUAAACAAUCGAUUGCUAGUGAUGACGAUUAUAUACCUGUGACAUCAAAAACUCAAUCAUCAUUAGUUGUUGCAUCAGAAUCUGAUUCGGCUUCACAACCAGAUGAAAUACGACGACGACGUCGUCCAUUUAAAAAACCAAUCAUUCCAUCAGUAUCAAAAACUGAACAACCUAUUAAAUUAACACGUUGUUCAAGUGCGAAAGUUUCCAAUUGUACAACAAAUACAUAUUUACAUAAUGGACGACAUAAUGUUCGAAAUGUAGACAAUAAUCGAAAAAUUGAUAUUGAUGAUGAUCCAUCAACACCAUCAUCAACAUCAUCAUUAUCAUUGGCUAUUAGUAAUAUGAAUUAUAAUGGUAAACGUAAACGAUCCCGUGCUAUUAUUCAUGAUGAUUUUCGUUUACGAAAUAGUAAUCUACAAGAUUAUGAUAUGACAUAUAUUGAUGAUUCGAAUUUAACAAAUUUUAGUAGUAGUAGUAGUUUAAAUUUAAGUGAUAGUGAUAAAGAUCCAUGUUUAACAAGUAAUGAAGCUGAUGAUGAACAAUCAGAUUGGCCAAAAGAAGAAAGUAGUAUUCCACGUGUUCUAUCAUGGAAAGAAGAUAAUGAUGAUGAUGACGAUGAUGAUGAUGAUGAUGAUGAUGAAAAAAUGUUAACAACAAAUGAAGGAACCUUACAAAAAAUUGUUAAUAGUGCAUUAAAUAUGGUAUUACCUAAUUCAAAAACUACAAUGCAAAAUCGAAUUAAUACAUUCGUAAAUAGAGAAAUGUUAACAGGAAAUCGCAGAAAUAUUAGUUCAAAAAAUACUUGUACACAUCCACAUCUAAAACGACAUGUUCGUUUAUUAAAAGAAACUCGCCGUUCUCAUCAUAAUAGUUAUAAUCAUAAACGUGUUAAAUCUGAACAUUAUCCACAUAAACAUCAUGAUAUUGUUGCACCAAUUGAUUCAACAAAUAUUGGUCAUCAAUUAUUAGAAAAAAUUGGUUGGACACCUGGUAAUGGUCUUGGUUUAAAUCAAAAUGGCAUAACAACGCCUGUAAACAUCAAUUAUCGUAAUUAUAGACAAGGUCUCGGAUAUGAAAAUACUUCCAUGGAUACAAGCGAACGUAUGGAAAGUGAACAACAAUCACCUAAUUUAUCUAGUCAUCCUUCUCAUGUAUAA